UUUGAAACAUUGACGUUGCGCGGUGGUGUGGGCAGCGAAGCGGACAGCGGCGGCGGCGGUGGCGUGAAUGUUGACAGCGGCGAUGUUGAUGCUGAGGUGGUUGGCAUUAAUGGCGGUAAUCGUUUGGAAUGCGUCAGUGGUAGUGUUGUUGGUGGACAGAAAUAUAUGCGUACCGGUUUGAUCAGCACAAUGCCGAAGAAACAACAGUUGCAACAGCUGCAACAACAACAGCAACAUCUUGGUAUCGGCGGCACGAUGUUGGCAACAACGAAACCGAAGUACAGCUUAACGCUGCUGAAUGUGAAAAAUCAUCAACACAACAACAAUAAUAGCAGCAAUAUUAAUAACAACAACAACAGCGGUAGCAUGGGUUCUGGUGGUGUUGGCAACUGUCAGUUGCAUCCGCACCGCAAAUCACCACAUCCGCAUCUACAGCCACAAUACGCUUACUACCAACAACAGCAGCAGCAACAACAACAACAACAAUUGCUACAACAUCAACAUUUACCACAAAGCAAACGCGAACAGCAGCGACAACAAUUGUCACAAUCAUACUAUCACCCGCCGCCACCACCACGUCAUCAGUUACGUGUUUUGCGGCUAUCGUCAGCACCCACGGGCACGCCAGAGCUCACAACAACAAAAGCAACAGCAAAUGGUGCAGCACGACGUGGUGAUGGUGGCGAUAGAAGUAGUGGUGAAUACACACCACGCAACUCUGCGCACAUCGAGCCAACGCUUGCAUUGACACCCACCACACCAACAACAGCAACAACACCAAAUACCAACGAUUGUAAUAAGCAUUUAGUUGGCACAAAUACAGUGGAGUGUGAUGAUAAUAGUAGCAGUGAUGCAUCGGCAACACCGUUAAGAGAAGUUGCAGCUGGCGCAGCAACAGCAACAAAAAUUAAUACAACAGCAACACGAGCAACAACGCAAAUAGCUGAAACACCGACCGCGAGCCCAAUGUCAAAUGUUUUACAUGGAAAAGAGCAACAACAACAACAAAUAUUACAAUUACAACAACAAAAAGCAAAUAGGCUGUGGUAUCAUUGAUGAAAAAACCAAUAGAUUUGAGCGCUUAUCUCUCUUUCAACGCAAAGACAGCAGAUUGAAAGCAAUACGCCAGUGAAUUUUACAAUUAGUACAUAGCAGACUUAGAAACAUCACAAACCAUAGAUCAAACAAAAAAGGAGGCAGUGAAUGCGAAGGAAACAACAAAACAUAUGUAAGUUAUAAGCCGAAACCGAUGAGAAAACUCGAAGACAACCACAACAAAAAAAUAGAAAACAACCGACAACUAUAGUAACAACAUAAAGUACGUACAACAACAAUCGAAGAAAUAAUGAAAAUGCGUGCGAAAAGCGGUAAAGGAAAUUUUGUAGCGAACAAACGCCCACUGAACAAAAAAAAAACAACAGAUAGACACACACACAAGCAAAUAUGUAGCUCAAAACCGUUAGAAACCUAAAAUCACACCGAAGAAAAAAAUGUGUAGAAAGCAAACGAAAAAGUAAGGGUUAGAAGCGCAAAAGUGAAUUAAAACUGAAAUGCCAACGAAAUUGAAGAAUUACGCAUAGAAAGUAGCCAGCAAAGCAAAUAAGUAAGUGUUGCACUAGGAAAAAUUGCAAAAGCAAUCACUGAAGUGCACGAAAACGUAAGCGAAGUGUACGAAAAAAUGCAAAACGAAAAAUUUACUUGUAAAUAUUUAGUAGCAAACAGAGUCGUGAGUGAUUUGUAAAAUUAAAAAAAAAACAAAAGAAAAAUAUUUCAAAGCAAAAUAUUAGCAAUAUUUAGAACGACUCGCUUGCGCUUUUUUGGUUGCACACUUUAUGUUACGUAAUGAUUUUGUUUUAGCUAAAUUUUAACGAGCAUAAGAUACUACCGAAUUUAAAUAAGAGCAGUAAAUGUAUAAGCAAAUGUUAUGCAUAAACAAUUAAUGAGAGUAAUAAGUAAAAGUAAAAUCAUUUAAUAUACAGUAAUUGAAAAAGCAAAAAUGAAAACAAAAGUGAUUUAGCGCACUCAAACACUAUUACAGGUAAGAUUUUAGAUAAUACUAUACACCGAACGGCAUACAUAAAUUAAUAUACGUAUAUACAGUAAAGCGUGAAAUAAAAGCAGUAAUGCUGAAAAUUAAUAGAAAAGCAUUAAGAGUAAUAUUGAAAUAAUAAUGAAACACACCAUUUUAAGAAAUUAAAGAAAUGGAAAAUAUGAAAAUUAAAAAUCUUUUCAAAAACUUAAAAUUAUCUUCAACGCGACUUUUGCAAAAAAAAAAAAAAUAAUGAUGACUGGAAACCGAUUUAAACUGAGAUUUAAUAAGAAAUUGUAAUAGAAACCCCCAAUCUCAUUUUUUCGGACUGCAUUCCCUUCUCUCUACAAAAUGUUCAUUCAAAAAAUCUGUAUUCGAAAAAUUGAAAACCUCAAUAAUACAGUAUCGAAGUUCCUAACAUUUAUCCGCAAUUCAAAACUGCUCAAGUUUAGCAUUCGAAAAAAUUAAACAAAGAUUUUGAGAGUUUCAAGUAUUGAAAAAAGUUCGUAUGUAGGUUUCUUCAAAAUAUUUUGUGAUCUGAAUUAUUUUACUUAAAAUAUUUUUCAAAUUUGUAGACUUACCAAAAUUUAAAAAAAAAAAUCUUCUUAUCCACUUUUUCAUUUGGACUAUAUUAAAUGAAAAACAAAAAAAUUAAACUCUCCAAAAAUUUCGUGAAGUGAUUUUGAUAAAAAACUAUAUAAUUUUUAAAAACUGAUUUCAAAAAGUUUGGCUUUAAAACACUGGAACUGAAAAUUUUGAAACUCUCCAAAAAAAUUAUUGUGGACUUUUAGUAAUAUCAAAAAGUAUUUUUGACAAAUAGAUUUGAAAUUUUUUCGACGAAGAUUUUGAGGGCUUUAAAUGUUUUAAUAAGUCCUUACGUAGAUUUUCUGCAUAUAUCUGCUGAGCUGAAUUAUAACUGCGGUAUUUCGAAUGUUUAAGAUUUUUUUUGAAUUUUGUAGACUUCCUAAAGUCCAAAAAUUUUAAAAUUUCUCUGUAAUUUACUAAUGUUUAUUUGAUCAAAAUUGAUUCAAAAAAAGAAUGAAACUCUCCAAGAAAGUCUGCAAAAUUUUCUAUGUAGUAGAUUUGUCAAAAAAAAUAUGUAACUUUUAAAAACUAAUUUCAGAUAAUUUUACUUUGAAAAAUUGGAAACGUAAAUUUUGAAACUCUCCAAAACAGUAGCAUGGACUUUCAAUAAUAUGAAAAAUAUAUUUUUGGCAAAUAAAUUUGAAAAUGUUUUGAAUAACUUAUACUCAAAAUUGAUUAAAUCAAAAACAAAAAAUUAAACUCUCCAAAAAUUUCGUGAAGUGAACUUGAUAAAAAAAAUAUAUAAUUUUUAACAACUGAUUUCAGAAAGUUUGGCUUUAAAAAACUCGGUAAAAGAAAAUUUUGGAACUCUCCAAAAAAAUUAUUGUAGUCUUUCAAUAAUAUCAAACAUUUUUAUUUUAAAAACAAAUUUUAAAAUGUUCUGAAUAACUGUCACAUAACUUUCUAAACCAAAUAGCAUAAAAGUCGUCAAAAAGUCUACAAAAUAUUGUUUUUUCUUCAAAAACUCGUUAAUUUUUCCGCAAAAAUUAAACAACAGUUUUUUUUUUUGUAUUACACCGUUUUUAAUAUACACAUAAAGAUCAUAAUAAUAACAAUCUCCAAAAUCGGUCAGUUGUUCUAAAAAGCAAAACACUUAAAAACAACAUAAAUCGUUCGAAAAAAAAUAUACAAUACGCGAAAUCUAGCAAAUAAGGUUGUACAUUUCCUGUAUUUACAAGUCACAUUUUUAUAUAAACCGAACUACUGCACUGUAUAUAAACCUACAUAUAUAUACAUUUGUACAUCUGACUACAUUGAAGAAAAUUAGCACUUACGAAAACUUACUUAGAAAACGCAUGCUAAAACUGUCUGAAAAUACCUUUGAGAGUGUCCUUGCUGCAUUAGAGCCCCUUAACGUACAUACAUACAUAAAUAGUAUACAUAACUAUAUACGCAAGUAUAGAGAAAUUUCAAAAUAAUAAAAAAAGACUAAAAAACAAAUCGCACACAAUGAGCAAAAUUGCAAAGUUUCCUUUCCGUAUACACUUGACACACACUGUAAAUAAUUAAAAUCUAAGCGCGUUAGUUGAAAGUGAAUUUAGAAGUAUUGAAAUAUUAAGAGUAUAAGACGCUUAAACUAUUGUUAAAAACGAAGAAAAUUGCAUGAAACAUACACUGUGUACCAAAAGUAUGCGUGUUGUGUUUUCAUCGAUGAUUUGUGAUUAAAAAUUAUAAAAAAGUAAAAAAGAAAAAAAUAUGAAAAUAAAAUUUAAAUUUAAAUUAUUAAUUUAAAUAACUAUUUUUUUAUUAUAUUUGUAACAUAGUUAGUUUCUUCUAAGUAUUUUUUACGUUUGAAAUAACUUAUAAAAUUUUUAUGAAAUAUUUUUUUUUUGUUAUUUUUUUUCAAAAAUUACACAUAAAUAAGCAGUAAGUACGAAUUUUAUGUUGAGAGUGAAUUGCGAGUAAAAAAAAAAUAUGCAUGUUCCUUUGCUUCGAACAGCUGGAAAGAAAAAAAAUAUUACACAAAAUUUCAAAUAGUGUGGCAACGCCGCCAAAAAUUUCUAAAUGGCAGCAAUAGCGCUUUGUAAACAAGUAACUGUAGUUUGAAUAUUUAAGCGUAGCGACAAGCUUAAUCUUAAGUGAAUUUUUACAUAAUUGUAGACGAAAAAAAAAGUAGCAAGCAACAAUAGAUUUGGUUUAAGUGAAAUUCAUGAAAUAUUUUAAUGCUGAAAUUGUAAAAGCAAUAGAUUUAGAAAUAUGAACUGAAAGCAUGCAAAAGCUCACAAUGGUACAUAAUAGACUACAAUGAAACAGUUCACACACACACAGACGCAGUAAAAUAGUAUGCGUUAAAAUUCAUAGGUUUACAGUAGAACAAAAUUGAUAUAUAAGCGAAAAGCAAAACAGUUGUAAGUGUAGAUUUUUAAAAUGCGUACGCAAGUAAUUUUAAAACACUAUAAAAAUAGUAAAAAUAUGGCAAUGUAGCUUGCUUGAUACUUAAGUUGGAGUUUCGAAUUAAAAAUAUAUAUUUUUUCAAAAUUUUUAUUUUUCCAAAAAUAUUUUCAUUUUUGAAACUCUACACAAUAUUUUUUCCAUAUAAAUUGCAUACAGUUAAUGAAAAUUAACAAAGUAACUGUUCGAAAGUAAUAUAUUCAAAAAUUCCAAACUCUAAAAAUUUUUGUUCAUAUAUAAAAACUCUCCAAAAAUCUAAAAAUAAUUUCGGAACUCUACAAUUUGUUUUACAUAAAAGAAAAUUACUUGUUAUAUAAAAAAAUGGCUUUCCACAUAACUCUCCAAUUUUUUUUGUAUCUUUUCAACAGUGUUAUGAACUUGAACAUGCUAUAAAAAUAUUUUCACUGUAGUCUACACCUUCUAAAAACAAAUUUUAUUUUAAAAGUACCAAACGCGCUCGCUUGUACACUUUCCACGCUUCUUUGAAAAUAAUUCAAACUCUCCAAGCAUACUAAAAAUGCGAAAAAAUUAAUAUAUUUGUAUUUUCAUUUUUAAAUUUUAAAAUUUUUAUAUUUUGUAUGAAAAAAAAAUGUUCUUUAAAAAAUACUUAUUUCACGCUAAAAUUAGCGAUUUCUUUUUUCUAAAAAUCCAGUUCCUCUCAAUAUUUUUUUUUUCCAAUUUUUUAUUUCAAAACCAAUGCCUAUCACUUGAUAAUAAUUUAGUAAUAGUUUAUAUAUAGAGAUAUAAACAUACCUACAUACAUAUAUACAAUUCAACCAACUCACAAGACUUGUAAAAAUUAGCCAUUAAGUUGUAUUUGUAAACUGUAAAAAAAGUUAUUAAAAUAAAUAUGAUAAGAAAAAUUGCGUAUUUAAUUAUAUUUAUAUUUAUAUGUAUGUAUAUUUUAGAGUUUUCACACACUGUGUACACUGUAAAAAAAUUGUAUAUUUCAAAGUAACUACUAAAAAUUAAGAAAAUGAAAAACCAAUUUGUAUAGCAAGCUUCUAGAACUGAGAAAAAGUAAAAAAAAAAAUAUUUUUAAAUUUUUAUGAUUUUUUUUACCUAAAAAAAGUUUUUAUAUUUUUUUUUAUUUAUUUUUUUGUUUUUAAAUUUUAUACUUAAGUAUUUUUUGUAGCACUUUUUUAUCACAAAUUUAUUUUAUUUUUAUUUUUUUUGUGAAAAAUCAAUUUAUUUUAAUUUUUUCUCUUCAUUUCUCCCAUACUUUUCAAUAAAUUAUACACCCUGUAGUACCUCCGCUUUAACCGCCUCUCAUAUGCAAGCGUAGUAUAAAUUAAAUAUUCAACAAUAUUAAACUUGUUAGUGUAGUUUAAUUUUUUUAAUAAAAUAAAAAACAACAAUUUUCAUAAAAAAAAAAUAAAAACAUAAUUGUUUUUGCUUUUUUUCAACAUUUUUUGUUGUGCAUUCAAUUAAUGAAGAUAUAUUAUGUAACAUGUUUAAACAUUAGCAGAGUAUAAAUUUUACUAUUAAUUACAUAUUUAAUAUUUAAUUGACAGCAAACAUGAAGAAAAGCAAAAGCAAAAAUAAAAAACAAAAGAAAUGAAUAAAUAAUUGUAGAACACAGCGGAAGUGUAGCAAACACAUAUACAAAUCAGUAUAUAUGUAUGUAAGUGAAAAUAAAAACAAAAAAAAAAAACAAUACGAAUUAAGUGAAUUGAAAAUGUAUUGCAAAAAACAAUCGAUUUAGCGCAAAGUGAAAGUAAGCAUAAUAAAUUAUUAUUACUAUUACUAUUAUAUAAUAAACUAGUAGCAUAAAAUUAAUGGAUAAACUGUAAUAAUUACAAUUAAUAAUAAUUAAUUUAAUAUUGUAUUGUUUAAGCAAACUAAAUACGUUAUACACAUAUACACACACAUAUAUAGUAAUAAUGCAGAAGAAAAAAUACACAAAAAAAGAAAAAGAACGAAAAAAAAACACAAACAAAUUUAAGUAAAUGAAUAAACUCUAUGCAUAAUGUAAUGAAAAUUAAUUUAAUUAAAAUGAUGGAAAACA